AUGAUGCCCCGUCGCAAGCGCAGGCUUGCGUCACGCAUCCGCGACUACGUGCGCGGUCUACUCGCCUUCCUCUUCAGCAAUGUUGGCGUCAUCGUGCUUGUCGUUGCUUAUACGAUUGCUGGUGCAUUCAUGUUCCAAGCGAUAGAGGGCGGUAGUGAGUGGAAGGUGGACAAGCAGAUGUCACGAGAGCGCAACAACCUGACGCAGUAUCUGUGGCAGAACGUCACCCUCGACCUCAACCUCUUCAACGAGACUGCGGUCAAGGAAAGGAUUGGCAGAGAACUGCGCAACUAUCAGACUAAGAUAGUGAUGGCUGUCCACAAGGGCUGGGACGGUGGCAGAUCCUCGCGGCAGUGGAGCUUCUCAUCAGCAUUCUUGUAUUCCCUCACUGUUAUUACUACCAUAGGUUACGGGCACCUGUCUCCGAAGACUGACUGGGGCAAGGUGGUGACAAUCCUGUACGCACUGCUCGGGAUGCCACUGUUCCUGCUCUAUCUGACCAAUGUUGGUGAGCUGUUGGCGCGAUGGUUCAAGUGUAUCUACGCCCUGGUCUGCCUGUGCAGGGGCUGUCCAGGGUUCACAAGGAGAAGAGCCGCCAGGUUACGGCUUCAGUAUGAGUUAAGUGAAGCAGAAAGUAUAGAGCGGCCGCAAGCGUGGAGGUCGCGGUACCCAGAGUCUGACGUCACGCCGGACUACGUGGUCCCACCAGGGAGGUACCCACCUCCGCGAGGGUAUCCUAGAAGACCAGACUAUAUGCGCAGUAUAUCAAUGCCGCAGCCGUACGACCCGCGAGUGCCCCGCGUGGACCCGCGGCGCGGGUGCUCGGAGCCCGCGCGGCCCGCAGAGAGCCCGCCCUCCAGUGACUUCAGCUACGUCACGUUCGAUGCUCAGACCAUCACAGUACCUAUCAGUGUCUGUGUGUCCAUUAUGGUUGGGUACAUAAUGUUCGGGUCUAUGAUCUUCGGAAUGUGGGAGAAGUGGGACCAGCUCGACGGAGCCUACUUCUGCUUUAUUUCACUUAGCAGCAUUGGUUUCGGUGACUUCGUCCCCGGUGAGCGCGUGUACACGGCCCGCAUCGAGCCGUCUUUCAUCGUCUGCUCGCUGUACCUCAUGCUCGGCAUGGCACUCGUCGCCAUGUGCUUCAACCUCAUGCAGGAACAAGUAAUGCACUACUACGCGGGUCUCAAGCGAGCUGUGAAGCGACUGGGCCGCUGCAAGAGAUGA